AUGGCACCAAAGCAAAGAAGAAAAAGUGGAGGAGCCACUUCUCCAGAACAGCCAGCAAAGAGACAAAAAAUUGCACCUGCAAAUGACAAGGAAACAUUGGAUUUUUAUUCAACAACAUUAACUCUAGUGCAAGAUUUACGUGAAGGCAAAAACCAAAUAUCAUUUGAUUUCUUAAAAUUACCAAGCAAAAAACUAUAUCCAGAUUAUUAUCAAACUAUUAAAUCACCAAUCUCAAUAAAUGAGAUCUCAAUCAAAGUUAAAACUAAUCAAUACCCAACAACUCAAGAUUUUUUAAAUGAUUUCAAACUUAUGGCUAACAAUGCUAAUGAAUAUAAUGACCCUGAAAGUUUCAUAGCUAAAAAUUCUUUAACAAUAUUGGAUUUCGUGGAAGAUCAAGUUAAACAAUUUAAUGCUGGAUCUAAUAAACCAACAGAAGUGGAACAACAAACCCCUAAAUUACCAAAGAUUAAAAUACGUGCCCCAGCUGCGCCAUCUUCAUCAUCAACUCCAUCUACCCCUGCAACCCCUUCAAAUGCUGGAUUAAAGAAAAAAUAUUUAGAAAUCUUACAAGAAUUGAUUGAUUUUGAAGUUGAUGGUAUAAGAAUUGGUGAUCCAUUCUUAGAAGAAGUUAGUCGUAAAGAUUUCCCAGACUAUUAUCAAUUAAUUAAACAUCCAAUGGCUUUAAAUUCUGUUAGAAAACAUAUUAAUGGGAAUAGAAUGAGAUCAUUAGAUCAAUUUAUUGAAGAAAUUAAUUUAAUUUGGCAAAAUGCUCAACUUUAUAACGAAGAGGAAAGUUUAAUUUAUCAAGAUUCUAAAACAUUACAAGAUUAUUUCCAAAAAAGAAUUGAAGAAUUAAAACAUGAAUUAAGUCAACCUAAAUCAAAUGAUCAUAGUACUCCUUCAUCUAAAAAAAAACCUGUUAUAAAAUUAAAACCUCCUGUUAAAUCAAAAUUAAACCUUCAAGUUAAAAAUGAACAAGAAGAUAGACCAAUUGAUGAACCAGCUAAAGAUGCUUCUAAUGAAGAAGAAAAUAAAUUAGAAACUAAGGAGGAAGAAGUUACAACAGAACCUGAAAAUAAACAAGUCAUAGAACCAACUACAGAAACCAAAGUUGAAGGACAAGAUCAACUAGAAACAAUCAAAUCAACACGUAAAAGAUCAAGUAAGCAAACUGCAGCAGAUGCUUUAAUUCAAGAAAUUUCCAUUGCAUCAUCACGUUCAGUUUAUAAACAACAAGUUAAAAACCAAAAUAAUAACCCAAUACCUGCAAUUUUCCAAAAUUGGUUUGAAUAUAGAUUUGAAGCUAAUGAUUUCCAAAUGCAAAGUUAUACAUUAUCAUUACCUCCUCAACAAGGUGCAGUUUCAGUUUUAGCUGCAUUAAAUGAUUCUUUAACUGAUAGGAAACAUCAAGCAAAUUUAACAGUUAAUGGUGAACGUGUUAGUCCAAUACCUUCAGUACAAUAUGCAGAUACUGGGAGAAGGUUAACUUCAAGGUAUGAAUUGAAACUAGCUGUUGGUUUAAAUAUGGUUGUUUUCGAUGUUGCAGUGGAUCCUAUCUUCAAUGAAGAAAGUAGAUUAAGAUCUCAAGAUGCUUUACCAAAUGUUGAGAAAUUAACAUUUUGGAUUCAAGUUAUACAUUAA